AUGUGUACGGAAGUACUUCAAAGUCUGUGCGCUCCUCAGGACCUAACAGCUGUUGUUUUAUAACUUGUUAUAAUAGUAUUUUUUUCCGUAUGACUUCAUGAUGUGUUUACACGCUAAGCAGCGUUUUUUUGUUCAGCUUCAUUCCUGACAAACGUUUUUGUAAAGAGUUUAAAAAUGAGCUCCUCUCAGGACGUGCUGAAAAACGCGUCCACUUUGGCGUCGUACAAUGUGCUGCUACAGGUGAUGUUCCGUGUCCUCACCUUCCUCCUGAACGCGUUCACGCUGCGCUUUGUGUCCAAAGAGCUGAUCGGGGUGGUCAACGUCAGGCUUACACUUUUGUAUUCCACAUUAGUAUUUUUGUCCAGAGAGGCUUUCAGGAGAGCCUGUCUGAGUGGAGAAUCAGGGACAAACCGCAGCUGGAGACAAGUUAUUAACCUCCUAUGGCUGACAGUGCCUCUGGGUGUGUUAUGGGCCAUCCUUCUCGGCUGUGUGUGGUUGUGGCUUCUGGAGAUCCCAGACCCCCAGGUGGUCCCUUACUACGGCCCCGCUGUGGUGCUGUUCUCCUUAUCGGGAGUCCAGGAGCUCCUGGCCGAGCCUCUCUGGGUUUUGGCUCAAGCUCACAUGUUUGUCCGUCUGAAAGCAGUCGCAGAGAGUUUAGCGAUGGUCGCAAAGUGCAGCGUGACCGUGGUACUGGUGGUGUUUGCCCGAGAAUGGGGCCUUUACAUAUUUUCUGCUGCUCAUUUGGUGUACACAGGAUUUCUGGUGCUAUGCUAUGCUGUUUAUUUCCUGCGUUUCUUGGGGUCUAAAGAGGCAGCAAAGACGGGUUUCCCUCUGCAGGGUGUUGCAGACCUGCUGCCUUGCAGAGCUGAUGGGGAGCCGCUGGUGGAUUGGACUCUGGCUCGGCUCACGUGGAGCUUCUUCCAGCAGUCCUUCCUGAAGCAGAUCCUGACGGAGGGCGAGCGCUACGUCAUGACCUUCCUGAACGUCCUCAGCUUCGGGGACCAGGGUGUUUACGACAUCGUCAACAACCUGGGCUCCAUGGUGGCGCGCUUCAUCUUCCUGCCCAUUGAAGAGAGCUUCUACAUCUUUUUUGCCAAAGUGUUGGUGAGAGGACGUGACGUCAGGAGCCAGAAAAAGGAAGAAGUCGCCAUCGCAGCAGAGGUUCUGGAGCGUUUGCUGAAACUGGUGCUUGUGAUCGGUCUGAUUAUUACGGUGUUUGGAUAUGCCUACUCUCACCUGGCUCUGGAUAUUUAUGGUGGCACUCUGCUGAGCAGUGGAGCAGGGCCCAGUUUGCUGAGAUGCUACAGCUGUUAUGUUCUCCUGCUGGCUGUAAACGGCGUCACAGAGUGUUUUGUGUUUGCUGCCAUGAGCCAAGAAGAAGUCGACAAGUACAACCUGGUCAUGCUGGCUCUGUCUGUGUCCUUCCUCGUCCUGUCCUACCUGCUGACCUGGUGGGCCGGAGGCCUCGGCUUCAUUCUGGCAAACUGUCUCAACAUGGGCCUCCGUAUUUCCCACAGCUGUUUCUACAUCCACCGCUACUUCAGGUCCAGCCAGUGGAGGCCUCUGCGAGGCCUCUUGCCUUCUCCACUCCUCGUGAUUUCACUCGGUGUCAGUGCAGUCGUCACAACCGUUUCUGAGGUUUUCCUCUGCUGUGACAACGGCUGGUUGCUCAGGGCGGUCCACGUCGGUGUGGGGGCUGUGUGUCUGCUCCUCGUCUUCAUCGCUCUUCUUCUCACGGAGACUGAGCUCGUUCAGUUUGUGAGGACUCAGCUGUUGCCCAAAUACAGAAAGAAGCAYGCUUAAAUUACAGAACACAGCUGGAACAGCCUGACUGUGAAAGACUGUAGGGGGGGAAAGGAGGGGGAUUAAUAUUUUUAAAGGGACCUUGUUUGUUAUUUGUGUGUGUCUUGAGUAUUUUCUCUAAAAUAUUCCUGUUGUUACAGUUUCAGGAUCUAAUCCUGGGCGUUGAGAUGAAUGUUCUGUAAGGUUUUUGUUUUUACUGCCGUUCAAACAAGCCAACUACAUUUAAACUGGUGGUAAAGGUUCAUUAUUGGAAAAGUAUUGAAAGAAGAUGAGACUAGAGAAGAAAUGUUCCACAUUUUCACAGAAUGAUUCCGACUUGGUGUGAAUUUGAGUUUUCUUCAAACUCCAACAUAAAGCAUUUUGUUAGGUAAAAGGUGCGCUCUGAAUGCUGCCUCCAGCUGUUUAUAUUUGAGUUUUUACAUUUUUGGGAAGUUUCAACACUAAGUUCAUGUUUAAGAGAAUGAAAGUGAAUUGUGACAACUUGCUUGAGACUUGUGGUUUGUUUUUUUUUUAAACAAUUUUGGAUUUAUGGUACAAGAAAACGGGACCUCUUAGAACAUGUUUUAGACCAGCGAAUCAAUUUGUUUUUACUGUUUAAGAGUUAAACAAGUUUUAGUUUCUUGGAAACGCUUUUGAACGAUUUGUUGGUUUUUUCUGCAGCCGCUGUGUUUUUAGGAUCCCAGAGGACAAAAUAAUGACCUCAUUAGAAGGGUGGGAAGGCGCUCUUUAAAAGCAGGGUCAUGUUUGUUUAGUCUCCUCUCUCUGUUUUCAACAGAUAUUUGUACGGUUUGUUGUUUUAAGGCACUUAUCCUGUGUGAUUUGAGUUUAGCUUCUUUAUUUCAGUGAAGGAAACAGAGGAAGAACAGAACAUUAAAUAUUUCCUGCAUCUC